AUGGAGCCCCGGUGCAAGAUCCGUGACCCGCCUCGACAGCGACCCAUAGCCGGCACAAAGACUAGAGAUCCCAGACCCAGCGCAACAACUCAACAUAUAUCUCCCCACUAUGGCAUAGCUGCCACGGAUGUCUUUGGAUCUGACCCGGAGACCGUCUCAGUACCUCCUCACGUCCUUACCAGGCUAUGGAUCGUCUAUCUACAAAACGUGGAUCCCUUGAUCAAAAUACUCCACAUACCCACGAUCCAGCCAGUGAUGCUUGGUGUCGCAGCCAAACCUCAAGGAGCAGACAACAUCACACAGGCUCUUCUUUAUACCACUGCCUUUGCGGCAACGACCAGUAUGUCUAGCACCGAGGUUGCAACCCAACUGGGUAUUGAAAGGCUGGUCCUCUUGCGCCACUUUAUGCGGGAAAUAGAUGGCGCAUUCACGAGGGCUCAGUUCUUACUUUAUCCAAACGUGCAGGGGUUGAAGGCUCUGGCAAUCUACUUGACUGCACUAAGAACCUUCGACACCGGCCGAACCAUCUGGACGCUCACCGGCCUCGCUAUCAGAAUAGCAGAAUCCCUCGGCGUACACGAAGACGGCUCCCGUCUCGGCCUGGGCCCCUUUGAGACGGAAAUGCGUUGUCGUCUCUGGUGGCAUCUCACCGCCCUAGACGCCACGGCGCCCGAAAGCCACGGAUUCAACAACACAAUGGCCGACCGCGGCAAAAUCUUUCGCUUGCCGCUGAAUGUGAAUGAUACCGAGCUAUGGCCCCAGAUGGACGAGGCCCCUGCCGGAAGAGACGAAUGGACCGAGACGACCUUUUCCAUCAUGAACCUCGACCUCUGCCGCAACCUACGCCACGCCGUCUCCGCUGUCGGGGCGGCGGACGAGCAAACGAGGGAGGCCAAGAUCCAGCUGACGGAGUCCUCCAUGGCCCAUCGCUGGCUCCGGUUCGCACCGAAGAAUAGUGACCUAUAUCGUGCCGCGGAGUCUUUGCUUCGGAUAUCCGUAGCCAAAGCGCGCUUCAUCUUGAUGCUCCAAGCCUGGCUCUCGGCGCCAAUGCAACAAGAACGCAGGUACCGGUACCUGCCCCAUUCCUUGUUCAUCACUGCCAUCGAAUUGCUCGAGCAAGGGUACCUGCUUCAAUCAGGAAAGCUUUUCCCCGGCUACGCCUGGUUCUAUCAGCAGCAUCCGCAAUUAUACGCCCUGUUCCUCACGCUCCGCACGCUCGUCGAUUCGCCUGAACGAGGGGAGGCAGAGCGCGCUUGGCUUGCAGUGGAUAACUACAUCGCCUGCCUCGCUGACUUUGAAGAAGCGAAUGAGCGGAGGGGGAAGAAGAGUUGCGUGUGGGCGGCUAUGGGGCCGUUGCGAGACCGGGCGAGAGAGUCGACUCGACAGCGCGAAACCGCCGAGGAGACGUCGAUACUGGUAGCAGCGUCCCCAAAGAUGCCAUCUGGGGAGAAUCUUGGCACUGGACUAUCACAACCGUGGAAUGCAAUCGCGCUUGAGCCGCUGGCGUUUGAUAACAUUCUUACAUGGCAUGAUUUCUCAGAUCUAUUUGAUGUCAUUUGA